GUUCUCCAAUAGCCGAUACUGAACUGCAUGAUUUCACAUCUGAGUAAAACAAGUUUACCGGGAUUCCCUUAUCGUUUGUUUUCAAAUACAUAUUCACGAACAGCCUUUGGCAAAAAUUUGGCAAAUCCUGACGAAUUCAGCCAUUCAUUCAGUUCUGUGCACCCUCGCUUGCAAUGAACAGGUUUUUUGCGUUGUACGCAGUAGCGCUAGUUGUGCUGUUAGCACAAGAAACCUUGCAAUCCAGAACCAAAAUUCGUCGUUCCGUGUCCCAGUCCAAUCGAAAAUAUCAGUGCGGUGCUCGGAAGCGACAAGUCGAGGGCCUCAUAACAAAUGGAUCCAACACGAAAGUUGGUGAGUGGCCCUGGCAUGGAGCCCUUUUCCAUCGGAAAAAUCGUCGUUCAAGGGAGUACAAGUGCGGAGCUACGUUGAUCCAUCAGAACUUUGUGAUCACCGCUAGUCACUGCGUCGUGGAUCGAGACAGUGGCUAUGAGGUUAGCGCCAGGUAUGUCACGGUUGACUUUGGAUAUGUGCAGUUGUUCCGGCCCUCCAGUUAUGGGCAAUCACAUGCGGUUCAGGAGAUCUUCGUUCAUCCGAAGUUUGCAAAAGACAGCAACAAGCAUGACGUAGCGAUAUUGUCUUUGAAAACCGCAGUGAUUUUCAGUGAUUACGUGCUCCCCAUCUGUUUGCAGCUUACCAGGUCUGACACAAACAUACACGAUAUCGUCGGAAAGCAGGGUGUGGUUGUGGGUUGGGGGCUAACGGAGGAUGAUGAAACUUCAACAGAUCUUAAGCUGGCGAACGUACCCGUGGUGGACUACGCGGAGUGUCUGGAAACCGACCCGGAUCUAUUCGGUUCGUUGAUUUAUCCGGGCAUGUUUUGCGCCGGGUCCAGAGACGGAACGAGUGUAUGCAACGGUGAUAGCGGAGGAGGAAUGUACUUCAAUAAUGGAAGGAGGUGGAUUCUGCGCGGGAUCACAUCUUUUUCUGAUGCACGGGAAGACGGCAGCAAUAAAUGUGACGUAAACAACUAUGCUGGCUUCGUAAAUGUUCAGUACUAUGCUUCUUGGAUAUUUCAAACAGUGCAGGGCGUGGAUGUUCAAGAUGCUGCGGAACUGCUCGACGCCACGGAGAAUACAAGAUCGAUGAUAGUGAACGUAUUUUUAAACGCAUUACAGCAUAACUGCUUAAACAUAUCGUCAAGCAGGAUGAGCACGAGCACCACCUUGAGGAGAUUAUGCGCUUAAACAUGACUGAGGGCUCCGUCUCUACAUCAACUCCGAUCCUAGCUUGAAUAGUCAACAACCCGGAUGCACACGAAGGAUGAUAACGAUUUAUUUCAAUUGUUAGUGCCAUGAACUAAUUGUAUUAAAACAUACAUUUGAAAUC